AUGCGCCCUGAGCCACUCUGGACGCAUAGGAGCUCGGGCCGCCGGCGCUGGCCGGGCGCCUGCCUGCGGCUGCUGCUGUGCCUGGCGUGCCUGCUGGCUCGCGGGUGCAGGGGGAGGCCCCACAGCGACGUGGUGGUGCUGACGGACGAGAAUUUCGACCAGAAGACGUCCGAAGGGACGUGGUUCGUGGAGAUUUUCGCGCCAUGGUGCUCUCACUGCCGCAAAAUCGAGGAGGUUUGGCAGGACUUGGCCACGAGACUGAAGAAGGAAGGUAUAAAUGUGGGCAAGAUCGAUGGUACCAGGGAAAACACGCUCACAAGCCGGUUUGAGAUACAAGGAUAUCCAUCAUUCUUCCAUCUCACGCAGGGCGAGUGCCGACAGUAUGAAGGAGGGAGGUCAGCAGAUGAGUUCUAUGAAUUUGCAACUAAUGGCUGGAAAAGGAAGGAGCCAUGGCCUUUCUACAGAGCCCCCAACAGCCCUGUUGGGAGAUCUCUGGGCGUUGUGAAGAGGUGGUUCUCCAGCGUGCCCAGUCGCCUAAAGAAGGGCUACCAGUUGCUGCACUCAGAUAUGGGCCUGUCGGAGCUGUGGAUCCUAGUCAUCGCCCUCAGCGUUCCAGUCGCCAUAGGCCUCAGCUGCAUAUGUGUAUUGGACUACAUCAACACUCGCCAUUCCUUGAUUCCUGACGCGGAUGUGGCCCGGCCGCACGUGGAUUGA